AUGAAGUACUCGAUGCUCUCUGUUGCCGCCUUCGUGGCCUCCUCUCUGGCCUCCCCGGCAUACUUCUCGGGCGAACCCGAGAAGCCCGGCGACAUCACCAUCAACAACAGGCUGAAUACUAACGUCAACCUGGACAUCCUUCAGCCUAAUCCAAUCGACGUCGACGAGGUUGGGGUCUACAACCGCCGCGUGAUUAUCAAGGGGCUCUCAUCAUACACAAUUCCUGAAAAAGAAGUACCGCCAAGCGCGGACCUGAGGCUGAGGGUGCUGUCGCCCAUGCCGGGGCAGGGCCCGGUAGAUGUGAUCUACAGGAGUCUCCAUCGCGGUCCCGAUUCCCCGUUUACGUACGAUAUCAGACGCAACGACCCGCAUUUCGUAUUCCCCGGCGUUGUCGAUAUUCAACCUCGGCCCAGGACGCCUCAGCCUCAGUGCCGUCGCCUGACCUCGUUCCCUCAAGGCCACCACAUACCCGUCCUACCAAAAUGCGAUGCCGGCACCAAACUCCUCAUCACCCUGUGCGAGCAGAAUCAUCCUGACUGCCCUCCUCGUCCUCAUCCUCCUCCCACUGAGUAUGAGGCCGAGUGGCUUUAA